AUGUUGAUCCCCAAGUCGUCCUUCGAAGUUCUCGAAGACACCAAGCCAGAUGACGUCUCACUCCCCGCCUUCAUGGUCUCAACGUCUCGGGGCUUUCUUGCACGUAUGGACCCUAUCGUUGUCCUCCCGCCUGAAUUUGAGGUCGUCGAGAAUCUACUUCAAGCAAUGCCUGUUCUGACACAGGAGGGCAAGCCGGGGCUCCUUGCUACUGGUCAGUUGGGUGACACUGUGUUGCAAGGCCUCCCAGACCUAACUGAUCAGGUUGAGAAGUAUCGCGACAAUCUCCCUGUGAUGAAUGCUCUCUAUCGAGACUAUUCUUUUCUAGCCUCGGCGUUUCUACUAGAGCCAUGUCAUAUGAGGUUCAUCAAGGGUGAACCAUAUGGACUCGGGAGGUCGUUCCUCCCAGCGCAGUUAUCCCGACCAAUAGUCCGCUGUGCUGAGCUCGCGGGAUUCAAACCGUUCAUGGAAUACGCAGGCUCAUAUGCUUUGUUCAAUUAUCGUCUCCAGAAUCCUGAGGCGGGCCUCGAGUACUCCAAUUUGCGCCUGAUUCGAGCCUUUGAGCAUGGCCUUGACCCUACAUCAUCGGAGGCCGGGUUUGUCCUUGUCCAUAUUGACAUGGUCAAGAACUCGGGCCCCUUAGUGCAUGGCACCAUGGCAGCUCUGCAAGCACUUGCAAGUUCCGAUGGGUGUUCACCUCGACAGCAGCGUCAAGCAUUCAACGAGGGGAUGCGUUCCGUCGUAGGUGCCAUGCAGAAGGUCAACGACGUCAUGGAGACUAUGUGGAUGAAGUCGAAGCCGCGAUCCUACACGAGCUUUCGCACAUUCAUCUUUGGCAUUACGUCGCAGUCCAUGUUCCCAGACGGCGUAGUGUACGAGGGUGUCAAUGACGGCAAGCCUCUCAGCUUCAGAGGGGAGAGUGGCGCCAAUGACACCAUGAUCCCUCUGAUGGAUAAUCUUCUGCAGGUCCAAAUGCCGGAUACACCUCUCACGGAGAUCCUGAAGGACUUUAGGGACUACCGCCCAAGCAACCACCGCCAGUUCCUCGUCGAAGUCAAGAAAUGCUCCGAGGAUCUAGGCGUCAAGGACUUUGCCCUUGCCAUAAAUAGUGGACGCACCUCGUCACUGGCGGCUGAGGACCUCGAGUUGGUGAAAGAAUCUCGGCGCCUUUGGCUGCAAGCCUUGAACCAAGUCCGCGAUUUCAGAUGGCGUCACUGGUGCUUUGCUCGAGAGUACAUACUCAAACAAACAUCUCACCCAACAGCGACCGGCGGUAGCCCGAUUGUGACAUGGCUCCCGAAUCAACUGCAGGCUGUGAUGGAGGAGAUGAAGGAAAUAUCUGACAGUGUUGGCGCGCUGAACGGCUCAACGGACCUUGGCUCCGGAUGCCGGGAUAUCAUGGAUCUCGUCGAGCGACAAAGUCAAACGCUUAGCAAGGAGGUGUUGAAAUAUUGCCAAGAGCGAGGCGUGGGUACCAAUUAA